CACGGUUUUCUACGAAGACUAAAUUUAGCACCAUUACGUCUUGGAAUUUCACAUACUGAAUUUACCGUUUGGAAAGUCCAAGUCCUGAAAUAUACUAGAGCGUGCAUAACUCAAAGUAUUUACGAUAUGGCCGAGAUCAACUUUGGUUUGGAGAACCCCAUGGGUUUGGGGAGUAAUGAUUUGAGUCGGCUUCUAAUGGAUGGUACCACAGAACUACUGACUAUGGAUCCUAGUGACAGUGAUCUUGUGCAGCAACUUAUUGCCACCCAGAGCCAACAGGAACCCUUCAUGCAGACAGGGACACCCAUGACCCUCAAUCAGACACAACCUCAAAAGACGCCCAAACAGGCAGGCGGCAGAACUUCCCACAAUAAAACGCCAGACGGAAUAUACGUGGAAAUCACAGAGCAACCUAAGCAGAGGGGACUUCGGUUCCGUUAUGAGUGUGAGGGUCGAUCAGCAGGCAGCAUUCCGGGGGAGAACAGUACCUCAGAGAAAAAGACAUUUCCAACCAUCAAGAUACAUAAUUACAAUGGCACAGCUGUGAUUGUGGUGUCUUGUGUCACCAAAGACCAGCCCUAUGAACCCCACCCCCACAACCUUGUGGGGAGGGACUGCAAACGAGGAGUGUGCACCUUAAAGGUCAAGGACACCAAUGUGAUCAGUUUUCCACACUUAGGUAUUCAGUGUGCCAAGAAAAAGGACGUAGAAAAUAACUUGAAACAGAGAAAGGAAAUCAACGUGGAUCCAUUUCAGAGUGGCUUUAGACACUUAAACAAAGUCAACAGUAUAGAUCUGAAUGUGGUCCGACUCUGUUUCCAAGUUUUCCUGCCUGACGAGAGCGGAAAAAUCACCCGCAUCGUUCCUCCCGUUGUAUCUCACUGCAUUCAUGAUAAAAAAUCUCUAAACGAGUUGAUCAUCUGUCGAGUCGACCGAUCGUCAGGGAAAGCUAAAGGAGGAGAUGAAGUCUUUCUGCUCUGUGAAAAAAUCAACAGAGAUGAUAUUGUUGUGAGGUUUUAUGAGGAGACUGAGUUUGGUGAAUGUCUUUGGGAAGAUUUUGCUGACUUCAGUACAAAUGACAUCCACAGACAGUAUGCCAUUGUGUUCCGUACUCCACCUUACAAAGAUACAAUGAUCACAAGACCAAAGGAAGUCAAGAUGCAACUCAAACGCAACAAUGAACCAGAAACCAGUGAUCCCAUCCCAUUCAUUUACAUGCCUGAAGAUCCAGAUCCUGACAGAAUUAUGGAGAAGAGAAAGAGGAAGGCUGAUCAGCUCAAGAACUGGGGCUUUGAUGUAAAUGUGUCUGGAGAUGACCUUAAACAGAGACUCAAAUUGAAGGCGACAAAGUCUAGGAUCAAACAAGAAGCUCCCGAGGUGCCGGGUUACAGCAUGGAGAAUAUUUUGGGCGGAGGUGCUCAUCAGAUGACAGCAACAUCCAGUGUCACGACAACUCUUACCAAGGAUGGCACCUCCCUCAACGUCCGAACUCUGGACAACACAACAAUGGGCAGCGUGACCAUAACUCCCACGGACAGCGUCCGACAACAGCUUGCUAACCUUCCUGAUGACGUCCAAAACAAGUUGCUUCAAAUUAUUGCAAAUCGCAAACUCCAGGAGGAGGCCACUAACAGAAUGAACCAGAGCACAAUAGACACAAAAGAGACCAGCGCAUUUAUUCAGAAUCUUAUUGGUGGGGGUCUACCCAUGCCUCCGACUUCCAACCCCGGCCAAACUCCUGCCCAAAAUAUCCUGCUGCCCGGUGGCCCUGCACUGCAACAGAAUUCUGGUAUGGAACAAGAUAAUGUGGACUUAAUGUUUCAGGCUUAUCUUGGAGACCAGGAACAAAACAUGUCCUUUGACAGCUUUGGUUGUAACAUAGGAAAUGAUAUGAACUUUGACCCUAAUGUGGCAGCUAUGAUUAAUGUGGCAAGCGAUCAAGGGGGCAUGGAUGAAACGAGGGCAGCUGUUCAUUCACUUAAUCAGUCCUGAGACCCCUCGUGAACAGUGUUAGGUAAUUUACUGCUAUGUGUUAAUGCGGGUAGUGAUUGGUUUUCCCUUACAGUAUGACAGAGUAUUUUUGUGUGAAAAUCUGUGUUUGAUGGGGAAAACGUCCAAACAAGAGUGAGAACACCUAACAAAAGCAUUCCCAGCAGGAUUAAAAUACCUAGUCAGCGGGAAAAUUCCUAAAAAUAGGUCAGUAGAUAACGGGGCUUUAAAUAUUCCCUAUACAAGUACAUCUGAGAUGUGUCUGAGCUGGUCCUUCACAGUGGAAGUGGAGAUAUAUAAACCAGGAAGUAGAACCGCCCACUCAGUGCUAGAGGAAGUGAAACUUGACCUGUUGACCCCUCAUUGUUUUAUAUUUAGAUUGUGAAACUGAAAGUAAGGAGAUUAGCCAUAUCUUUAAAUAGAUAUUGGGUGUGUGGGAGUUUUAUAUAUAAAUAUAUAGUUGGAAUGAGAUGUGAGAGAAGAUUGGAAAGUACCUAAAUCUAUUUUAAUUUACUACAAGUAUACAUACAGUGCUCAUAAUAAUUCAUAGUGCUCAUAAUGAAAUGUGAAGAAUAUAUAUAUAUAUAUAUGUUAAUAAAAUUCCUGUAAAUAAUUCCUCCUAGUGCUCCUAUAACACAUGAUUGUGACAUGGUUUGGUUGUCUGUAUAUUGUUUUAUGAUGACAUUUUUUGUAAAUAUUUACAUUUUUUCAAUUGCAUUUGUUUUUUUUUUAAGUGUAACUACAGCUUCAUGUAAAUAAAAUUAUAAACAAUUUACAA